AGAAAACGGACUCUAUAAUAUAAUAUAUAUGAGAAAAUAAAGAAAACGGAGAAAUGGCGAAGCAGUACUGAUUCUGGCCACAGCAACAGAGCAGCAGCAGUUCAGGCCACAAACAACGAAGCGACGGCCUGUAACCUUCAUCUUCUCCUCCCUAUUCUAUCUACUUCUCUCGAGUUAGAAUACUAGCAACGGUUAAACAUAUUGCUAAAAGUGUCAAAAAGGGUACAUGAAAGAUGACAACAUCCAUUUAUUUGUAAGGCCUGUGAGGAGAUCUCCGUUUAUUAACCUUGGUUUUGCACGUAUUAAGGUUACUUUGCCCGUUGGGCUGCUCUCCGGAAGCUUCUCUAUCAGUUUCUUGAUUGUGAAAGAAAUACGGAUUGAAAAGCUCGCACAAUGAAACAGAUAUUGUCCCUUGGAGCUGGCUUUGAUACGACAUUUUUUAAGUUGCAGGUAACCAGUAAAAGGGUGGAACUUAUUGAAAGUUAUAGUCAGUUGAUAGACAAAGUUAGUGGAGCAGCAUCACUCUCAAGAGGAAAAUGGCACCUUAACAUCUGGUGCUUAACAUAUUGCCAUAUAGAUCAUUUUCCUUUCGAGAAGAGAAAAAGAAGAGGUGGGGUGGGGAGGCAAAUGUGCCAAUUAAGUAGAGAGGAGAAGGGCUUAGUCUACAAGCUACUCCCCAUUGAUCUUCGUGAUAUACAAAAAUUAGUUGAUAUCAUAGCUGUGGCUUAUAUGGAUCCCAGGUAUGAUGCAGAUAAGCUGAUUUCAUCAAGCCCCAUAGUGUGGAGGAACCCUUGAAGACAGAACAGAGAAUAUAACAUAAACCUCCAUGGCACGAUGGUUAUCACCAUUGGUAAAUAAUGAUGGAGCUUCGAUCAUUACAUGAGCAAAACAGAAGAAGAUAAUAGAAAAAUGCUAGUAGACAUUAACUGCCCAAUUUUUCAGAAGCAUAUAAAACACAUUAAAAAUUUAGUAAGAAUGCAUUUUAAUAAACCUAGAUCCAGAUUCAACCCAGGCUAUAGUUGUCUGGACUGCAAAAACAUUUUCUACUCAUUCCUUUUCUUUGACUUUAGGUUGCCAAUUUUUUCUUGGCACUCCUGGCUUCUUCUAAUUGCCAUUCAUGAUCAUAGUAUUAUAUGGUUGCUUAAAAUAUUAUGAAAAAUAUGUUCACAUACAGUUUCUCAUUUUUCCCCCCAACAUCUCAUACAGACUUCAUAUGUAAACAUCCAAGUAUUAUAUUUUCCAUCUUUGCACCUCAGUAUUUGCCCUGUUGCUUGUUUUGUAACUGGUUUUCGACAUGAUAGAGUUUUGCAAGUGAGAGUUUUACAGAAAUUUCACUGCUGCGGAUCUUCCUUUGUUGUUGCAAUCCAACUUAUCCUACUUCAACUAACCAACUUGAUGUUAAUUUUUUGUCAUGUGUCUCUUCACAAUGAAAUUUGUGCAUGCCAAUGUUCCAGUUUUGUGCCAAUAUUCGAAGAUCAUCAAUACAUGCAAGAGUCUUGUAUUAUAUGUUUUUUUCACAUGUAAUAACCUCAUAUUAUAUGUUUUAUCUUUUUCUCUCUGAAAGUUAGGGCUGAAAGAAGUAUCUAUGCUUCCUGCCCUUAGGAACUUUUUGGAAAGGAGAAUCUCUGCCUCAUGCUGUUAGGAACUUUUUUUUCCCUGAUUUUAGCUAUACCCUGAUUCCUUUGAUCUUAAAUUUUUUUAUUGUUGUACCAAUAUCCUAUGGUUUUGAGAUAAUUGAAUCACAUCUUCUUUAUGAGGUUCUAAA